UUUUUUUUUUUUUUUCUUCCAAAUUUUGUAAAACCUUUUACGCCCUCUUUCGUCCUUCCAUAGCGGCAGCAGGAGCAGCAGCGGGAGGAAGAAGAUGAGCACAAGAAGAGGCCCGCCAAAGCAUCAAAAUCGAUACGCCUGGAAACCUAACGCCGGCCUCAAGAUCAACGAGACGGAAGUUGGGGGUAGGCUGAAACCCUACUCCGAGAUCACGGGAGUCUGCUCUCGCUGUAAAGAACAGAUCGAUUGGAAACGCCUUUAUGGCAAAUACAAGCCUCUUAAAGAGCCUGCCAAAUGUCAGAGAUGUUCCAAACGCAAUGUUCGUCAGGCUUACCACAAUUUAUGUUUUGGUUGUGCAAAGGAGCAUAAUGUGUGCGCGAAGUGUUGUUGCAAAGUGGAUCAUAUACUUGGAAGAGACGCAACUGAAGUAGAGGCUGAGCAAAAAAUGCUUGAGGAGGCCAUUAAAAAUGCACGGGAAAGGGACAGGAGAACUCUACUACGUGCAAAACAGAGUAUACAAUCUGGAAAAGAUUCUUCCUGUGCAAAAUGUGCAAGACCUUUAGGGAAAGUAUUCAUCUCUAAGUUUAAUGAGUAUUAAGAUGAACAAAGAUAAACCAAAGAGCUCUGCUAAAACCCCAACCCUUAAUGAAAGCAAGGUUGGUGAAAUAUUUCCAGCUAUGUCGCUUGAGCAAUAUGCCGGGUCAGGAAAAAAUGAUGAUUAUGAGGUUCACAAUCAAGACCAAGAUGAUGAUAGCAAUGACGGUGAUAAUCAUGACUGUGAUGGUGAAAGUGGUGAUUUAGAAGAUACUGAAGAUGAUCAAGAAGAUGAGGACUGAGUUCUUAAUCAGAUGUAACAAGGGCAAUCGCUUGGUUUUAGCAAAGCUUGCAGAAAGAUUUAUCUUUUCCUUUAAUCAAGUCAACCUUUUGUUGCUUGCCUAAAGGAUAAAAAAGUAGGAGGAAAACAAAAGGUCAAGCUGUUAUCUGGUUUUUGUUUAUUUUCUUGAUAUUUUUUCCAGCUUAAUAUAUGUUUAUAAAUUUAUGUGCUCUGAAAUGAUGUUCAUUGAAGAUGAAUUUUUUAAGAAAUUAGCAACACGAAAUUUGAUUCAUCAAUUAAUUUUGCCAAGGCUUAUAAAAA